AAUUUGAGCUACGCGGAUCAACUCGAAUCAACGUCAAGGGACGACAACGAUGUCGAAACCCCAACAGGGACCCAAGUCCUAAACGUCUCGUCGCCGACUUUGACUCCUUCGCAGUGGACUAUUACUCAAUAUCGGGUCCAGCAUCCCCUAUCAUCAAAUAUUUCUCAGACGAGACCACCGUCGACGAUAGCAUCGGGUUCUGUGGAAGAUGUCAAUCUACUCGUCGGUUACCAUACGCAGGGUGAUGUAGGAAAGUUAGUCACCAAGGCAAUUCUAAUAAUUUGGGCAGAUUUCAAGGAGCAUCUCGCUGGAAACGUUGAUAUGGGAACUUCUGACAUCGCCGAACCCCUUCCCUCUUUAGAAUUGCAGCAGCAGUUCUUGCUCCCCAGCGAUGACCAAAUAGAGGAGACCACGGAUGCUGCACUCAAUGGGCAUGCUCUUCUAAUCUCUCCUCAGCUUGAGCAGCGCGGAUACAGCUUGCCUUCUCAAUGUGCGCUGCUUGGAAGAAUUGCCGCAGCAGGAAAUGGAAACUCAGAUCUCAGAAUAUUUUUGAAUACAAACAUUCCGUUCUCUGCCUUUAUUUGUGGCAUACAAGGGAGUGGAAAAUCGCACACCACUGCUUGCAUCAUCGAAAACUGCUCGAUGGACAUUCCGGCGUUGGGAACCCUCAAAGCUUCUAUUUCGACUCUUGUGCUGCAAUUCGAUGAGUAUACCUCGACAGUGAGCUCGCAGCCCAGCGAGGCAGCGUUCCUAGCCAGAUUCCUACCCCAGUAUGCACGUGAAAGGCAAGUCCAAGUGCGCGUUCUAGUAUCACCAACAAACUUCCACAACCUCGAAAAGAUUUACUCGCAAAUCCCCAAUGUUGAGGUUCGACCAUUCAAGCUUCAACCUGAAUACCUCAAUAUCACUAUGAUGCUUUCGCUCAUGUCUAUCUCUCAAAAUGGCGGGAUGCCCCUAUAUAUGGCACAGGUGACUCGAGUCCUUCGGGAUAUGGCAAUGGAGAGCGGCGGCUAUUUUGAUUAUUCUGAUUUUCGGGCCCGUCUGAACGCUCUCAAUCUCGACCGAUCCCAGACACCUUUUCUUUAUCAAAGACUGGAUCUUCUGGACUCCUACCUUGAACUUACGGGAAACGGUGGCAGUGAUUAUUAUGUUGACGGUGGUGUCACCAUUCUAGACCUGUCGUGCCCUUUUGUCGAUCAAUGUACGGCGUGCAUUCUCUUCCGCAUCGCUAUUGACCUGUUUCUCAAUGCGCAUCCUUCCCGAGGGAAAAUGAUCAUCGCCGAUGAGGCACACAAGUACGUGAUUGAUAGCCCUGCGGCGAAGGCUCUUACGGAGACCUUUCUUACCAUUAUCCGACAGCAACGACACUUGAGAGUGCGUAUUAUAAUUUCCACACAGGGGCCGACAAUCUCCCCUAGGCUGAUCGACCUCUGCUCAUUGACUAUUAUUCACCGUUUUACAAGUCCCGAAUGGUAUAAGACUAUCGAGAAGCAUCUCCCGAUAGAUAGCGGAAGAACUCAACAGCACUGUGAGCGUGUUGUAGAUGGCUUUCAUCGUAUUGCUCGCCUCCAGACCGGCGAAGCGAUUGUUUUUGCUUCUUCCGCACAUCUCGUGGGAGAAGACGGUACAGUCAUCAACACAUCACAUGAAACUUUCAAGAUGAGGAUCAGAAACAGGGUUACAUGGGAUGGUGGAAGGACUAUCAUGUGCAUUCGCUAG